AUGACAUCGGUUCAUCAUGGCAACAAUCUGAUAGGGGACAGUAUAGAACACGAUGUCCAUCCUGAUAGGGUUGCUGUGAUGAUUAGGGACAACCUCCCCGAGCUUCAGAGCAUUCUCUUCUCAUUCACCAGCAGAGUUACAGGCCGCUCAUGGAUGCUUACAACAGUUCUUCAGCCACCUGCUUCGACGUCUCGUCGGCCCAGGGUGCAAAUGCUGGGGCUUCCACUUAUGCGGGCCGACAGUUGCGACUACAUCAGCUCCAUCCCCAGGAGGCAUCUCACUUGGUUGAGCGUGACCGGACCGGGAUCGUUUGUCACCCUCAACAUGCUGAAGCAACGGCUCAUGCAGAUACGUGGUCUGGAAACACUCCACCUGCGCAAUUUUGCCGAGCGUUCCUUCGAGUUCGUGAGCAAUGAGAGAUUGCCACCCCUUCUGGAGCUGGUUCUUGAGAGCUAUGACUGGCGACACUCUCUGGAAGAGAGCACCAACAACUGGGACUUUUCUCAACUCAAGGUCCUCAUGCUAUUCUCGGUUAAGCAUCUGACGAGCCUGUUCAGAGUCAUCUCGCAAGUCCCGCACCGUUUGGAGACGUUGGUUUUCGACAUGGAAUGGGGCCCUGAAGUCAUACCGAGUCUUCACACGCUUUGCGAAUGUCCCAGUCUACACACGGUUGUGGUCCGCCUUCCGCCCAAGCUGCCAACCACCGACACAGACCUUCUCCAACAGCUCCAGAUACCCCUCAAGGAGGCCCACGACAACCUCGCGUAUAAGCUGGCCGCGGGCAUCAUCCACCUCCUGCUCCGAACUAGAUUCGGCAAUACCAAGUGGCAAGACAUCUAUGUCCUGUUCGGGGAGUGGAAGAUGUGGGAUAACGCCGGGCUGCAUCCAGGCUACUACUUCAAGUACAUCGGCCCCGUCAAUGAAGGGAUGCACAUUGAAAACCUCAACAAAUUCGACAUGCAGGCGCUGUUGGCAACAAUGGCCAGAAUGACGGGUGCUGGAGCAGAGGGUGCCACAACGCUGGACGACGCAAAAAAGAAGAAGGCAAGACGUCCCCAGCCUGUCGGCCAGAGUGGUGACAGGAUGGGAUUCUAUCACGAGGUGUAUGGUUUGCGCUCCUUGUUGGCGUCGAAGCCGUUGGAUAGGAUUUCUUUGUCUUUUUGA